AUGUCAACCGUUUCCAACAAAGACAUUGCUUUGUCUAUCAUAGGCUUUUUAAAGCAAGCGGUAGCAUCAAAGGAAGUUGCUGAAGAUUAUGCAGAAUCCAUGGAUAUAGCAAUUGACUGUAUUGCAGAUGCAUUUGAAGUAAAUAAAGAUGAUGAUAAAAACACAAUUGCCUCUAAAUUCGGAGGUAAAUCAUUACCAGAAUUAUUAAAAAAUCAAACCAUUUCAAAACAAGAUGAACCAACUCCAAUUGAAGUUGAUGAAGAAACCAAAAAAAAAGCUGAUGAAUUAAAAGUAGAAGGAAAUAGAGCAAUGGCGGCAAAAGAUUAUCCAACUGCAAUUGCAAAAUAUACAGAAGCUAUAGGUUUAGAUCCAACAAAUGUUGUUUAUUUAUCAAAUAGAGCAGCUGCUCAUUCAUCAGCUAAAAAUCAUGAACAAGCAGUUGAAGAUGCUGAAAAAGCUAUAAAAUUAAAUCCAAAUUUUUCAAAAGCUUAUUCAAGAUUAGGUUUAGCUCAAUAUGCUUUAGGUGAUGCAAAAGCAUCAAUGGAAGCUUAUAAAAAGGGUUUAGAUGUUGAAGGAGAUUCAAAAUCAGAAGCUAUGAAAAAAGGAUAUGAAACUGCAAAGAAGAGAGUUGAAGAAUUGUUGGAAGAUUCAAUUGCAACUAAUGAUAGAGAUGCAGGGUCAAGUGAACCUGCCUCAGGUGGUGCAGGUGCUGGUGGAUUACCUGAUUUAAGUUCCUUACUUGGUGGUCUUGGAGGAGGUGCUGGAGGAAUGCCAAAUUUUGCUGAAAUGAUGAAUAAUCCUGCUAUAAUGCAAGCAGCUCAACAAAUGAUGUCUGAUCCUCAAGCAAUGCAAAAUUUGUUAAACAAUCCAAUGCUUAGUCAAUUCAUGGGAGGACUUGGUGGUAGAAAUAAUAAUAACAAUCAAGGUGGUAGUGAUUAG